AUGGGCGCUUCGUAAGUCUUUUUUGAUAAGUUUUGGGCUAGGAAUAGAGCUGAAACUAAAGCUAGAAGUUGAGGUGGAGCCAAAGCUAGAUAUUGAGCUUGAGCUAGUGUUAGAGCUUCAGGCUGAGCUUCCGCUAGAGCUGGAGCUAGAGCUUGAAGUUGAGUUGGAACUUGAGGUCGAACUUGAGAUUAAGCUUGAGUUUGACCUUGAGCUUACGUUGCGGAACUGGGUUAAAGCUAUAGUUAUGGCUGGAGCUUAAGUUUGAGCCUGAGCUUGAACUAGAUCUUUAGAUAAGGCUAGACCUAGACCUAUAGAUAGAACUUCAGGCUGAGCUUGAGCUAAAGCGAGAGCCGGACCUAAAGCAUGAACUUGAGCUAGAGUUAGAGCCAGAGUUUGGGCUAGAACUAGACUUAGAACUAUUGCUCUAGCCUGAUCUGAGGCUUGACCUAGAGAUAGAGCUAGAGCCUAAAAUUGAUCUGAAGCAAGGACUAGAUUAGAGGUAGAGCUGGGGAUCUGGGCUAUAGCUCUGGGCUACGGGAUCUGAGCUAGGGCUCUGAGUUAGGGCUGUGUGCUAGGGCCAAGGCUCUGGGGCUAUGUUAAUUUGAUAUUUUACUUAAAGUUUCAUUUCCAGAGAUUCAAGAUUAGAUGCGAUUCAGAACAAAUUACAAGUGCCGUUGAGGUCGAAACGCAAAUCGAAGAAGAAACGCGAAAGGAAAGACAGAGAAAAGGACUAUGGACGCGAACUGCCGGACCAAAUGAAGCCUCGUGAAGUCAAGAAAGAUGCGUCAGAAGAGGAUGUUCUCAAACCCAAGGAGACGGUGGUUAAAAAGUCACGGAAUUCGGCCGAAAAGGAAAGGGGAUCGUCUGCCAAUGUUCAGGAGGUGGGUAUGGGGCUAUUUUUUUUAAAGGAGGGGGGGGGGAGGCGGAGGUGAGAGAAAACGGUAGGAGGGGGGAGGGGUAGAGGUGGGAGAAAAUGGUAAGAGGGAGGGGGACAUUUUUUCAAAUUAAAAAAAAUUUUUUGUGAUGUUAAGGUGACUUUAAGAUGAUUUGAGGAUUGUUUUAAAAACAAUUUUUAAAAAAGACAUGUUAUACGAUGAAACAUGUCCGGACGUGUUUUUUCGUAUAACUUGUCACUAUGUUAACAAUAUUUUAAAAUUUUACAAAAUAUAAGUAAAAUGCAAGAUUACCUUUGAUUUUACAGUAAUUUUUAAAUUGUAACUUUUUAAAAAUGACAUGUUAUACGAUGAAACAUGCUCAGCUCAGACAUGUUUGAUCGUAUGUCACUUUUCAAACAUUACAAGUCUAAAAUUGCUGUAAAUUAAAGGUAAUCUUGCAUUUUACUUACAUUUUGUAGAAAUCUAAAAUAUUUUUUACAUAGUGACAUGUUAUACGAUGAAACAUGUUUGGAUAUGUUUUAUCGUAUAAAUUGUCGGAUCAUCAAAAAUAUGACAAAAUUUUAAAAAAUAAAGUUAAAAAUUGAUAUUUUUAUUAUUAUUAAGUACAAAAAAGAUUACUGUUGAUAUAAACUUCGUCAUUUUCAGCCUCCACCAACAUCAGACUUACCUCCCGAAAUCAAGUCGAACCCAUCCGACACUCAGCUCACAGCAUCACCGGCAAAAGAAGAAAAGUCAAAGACACCGGACAAACGCAGACACCGUUUGAAGAACGACAUGAAGUUCGCGGACGAACCGACCAACUUUGUCAAGGUCAAGAGCAGCAAGCCGGCUGUCUGUGGCGCGCAUCGGCAGGGCAAACGGAAAAGUCGCAAAUCCGAGAAGACGGACAAGUCCCUGGAUAAGACGGAACGUAGACGCAAGAAGGAAGGUUGGAUUUUGCAAAUUUUUAAAAGUUUUGUCAAAUUUUGGACAUUUUAUACGAUGAAACAUGUCCAGACAUAUCUACCAUGUUUGAUCGUAUAACAUGUCACUAUGUAAACAAUUUGUUUUAAAAAUUUACACAAUAUGAUAAAAAUGCAAGAUUACCUUUCAUUUACAGUGGUUUUUAAAUUAUAAAGUUUUAAAAGUGACGUCUUAUACGAUGAAACAUAUCCAACAUAAACAUGUUUCAUCGUAUAACAUGUCUCUAUGUAAACAAUAUUUUAAAUUUUUACAAAAUAUAAGUAAAAUGCAAGAUUACCUUUGAUUUUUCAGUGAUUUUUAAAUUGUAACGUUUUAAAGUGAAAUGUUAUACGAUGAAACCAGCCUGGGCAUGUUUGUACGUCACACAUGUCGCUACGUAAAAAAUAUUUUAAAAUUUCACAAAAUAUAAAUAGAAUGCAAGAUUACCUUUCUUUUACAGUGGUUGUAGACUUGUAAUGUUUAAAAAGUGACAUUUUAUACGACGAAACAUGUUCAGCCCAGACAUGUGUGAACGUAUAACAUGUCGCUAUGUAAGCAAUACUUCAAAUUUUUACAAACGAUAAGUAAAAUGGAAGAUUAUUUUUCAUUUACAGGAGUUUUGAAAUUGUAAACUUUGUAAAAUUGACAUUUUAUACGAUGAAACCUGUUCAGACAUGCUCCAUCGUAUAACAUGUCGCUUUUUUAAAAUUUUGUAUUUUAAGCUUGCAAGAAUUGAGAAAAAAUUGAAAAGUUUUUUAAAGUUUUUUUAUUGCCGUUUGAAGAUUGUUUUUACUGAGUUUGAGUUGUUAUGCCUACGAAAUCGAGGCUCAACCGGUUCCCUUGAACUUGAAUAAUAAGAUUUUUCGAAUUGAUAAUGGCUCUCAAGCUUCGAACUAGUUUUUUUAAAUAACAAUUGUAUUUUCAGUAUCCGUGGAGCCACAAUCGUUGCCACAGUAUGAUGAUUCGAAUUUGGUGUCGGCUAUGGGGUAGGUUUUAAUUUUUUGAAAAAUUAUGACGUCACCUUAUUAAAAAUAACUUAAAAUUUGACUUUUUAAAGUUUUGACAUUUUUUAAAUUUUUUUUAAUUUUGAAAUUUUUUAAAAUUUUUUUUAAACUUGUUUUAGCACGGUGAUGGAGCAACAAGAUGUCACAGACACAAACGACUACACAAACAUGACCGACACUAACGAUCAGACCGGCGAAUCCAAUGUGGUAUCAGAAGAGCAGGGCGAUGAUGUCCGCACAGCUCGAGAGAGGUCUCCUUGA